AUGAAAGACGUUGUAGACUAUUGGCCCUCGCCUCCUAUCAGUUUCUAUAAGUCUUUAACAGUUCCUAAAAGUGCCAAAGCUCUGUCGUUCACAGAAAUGCCAUUCUGGUCCUCUCGAGGAGCGCCUGGACCAAGUGUAGCCAACGGAAAUAGGGGACCCAAUGGGAAUGCGGGACGUCCCGGAGAACCAGGUUAUGCUGGUAGAUCGGGCCCUCCUGAUCCUCCUGGAUACGCCGGAGCACCAGGAAGACAAGGAUUAACUGGAUCGCCCGCAUGGCCUGGAAGACCGGCAUUUAUGGGUUAUAUGAGACGAGAAAAAAUAGAUCCACAUCAUUUCCCUUAA